UUCACUCUUAACCCUAGUCGAAGCUAUAUAUACCCAUCACCCGCACCAGAUUCUUUCUCACCUUUUUCCCUAUCCAUAUUUUCAUUUUCUUCUUAACGAUUUCUUCGAAGCUCAACAAUGGCCGUUUAGGUUUUCAUAAUAAUUUGAUUGGAACAAACAAAAGAAAAUUAUUGAAUUUCGGACCUUUGAUUUCUUUGACCACUACUGUGAAUGUGUGAAUCGAUCGAUUGAUUUUUCUCUUUUUAUGAGCGUUUUGGUACUACCAUUUUGCUGGAUUCUUGUUCUUUUCGUUUUUGUCUUCUUCGAAAGGGUUUGGUUAGUGUGAAUCAUCAAUGGCGGAGCGGAGGUUCGGCGUAGGUUAUGCGCUGGCACCAAAGAAACAACAGAGCUUCAUUCAAGAUUCUCUUGUUAGUCUUGCUAAGUCUCACGGUGUCGAUCUUGUUCGUAUCGACGAGGACCGUCCUCUGGCUGACCAGGGACCGUUCGAUUGUGUUCUUCACAAGCUUUACGGUGUGGAUUGGCGGCAGCAGUUGGAAGAUUUUAGGGCUGUUAACCCUAAUGCGGUGAUUAUUGACUCUCCGGAGGCGAUCGAGAGGCUUCAUAACCGGAUUUCGAUGUUGCAGGUUGUUUCUGAGUUGAAGAUUGAGGACAGGAGUGAGACGUUUGGGAUUCCGAAGCAGAUAGUGAUUUAUGAUAAAGAAACGUUGCUCGAUCGUCCGGCAUGGGAGGGGCUCAAGUUUCCGAUUAUUGCGAAGCCUCUUGUGGCUGACGGCAGUGCUAAGUCUCAUAAGAUGGCUCUCGUCUUUAACCACGAUAGUCUCAACAGUCUAAAACCGCCUAUUGUCUUGCAGGAGUUUGUGAACCAUGGUGGAGUGAUUUUCAAGGUCUAUGUGGUUGGAGAGUAUGUUAAGUGCGUGAAGAGGAAGUCUCUGCCGGACGUGUCGGAGGAGGAGAAAGUGGGUAGCUUGGAGGGUUUGUUGUCUUUCUCGCAGGUAUCUAAUCUCGCCACUAACGAAAGAACUGACGAUAAGUACUACAAGAAGAUGCAUUUGGACGAAACCGAGAUGCCUCCUCAGAGCUUGCUUAUCGAAAUCGCAAAGGGUUUAAGGCGUGCUAUGAAAUUGCAUCUGUUCAACUUCGAUGUUAUUAGGGAUGCCAGGUUUGGGAAUCGGUACCUUAUAAUUGACAUCAAUUACUUUCCUGGGUAUGCGAAAAUGCCAGGCUACGAGAAAAUAAUGACGGAUUUCUUCUGUGAUAUAAUGCACAAGAAAGAGAGAGAUGCAGAAAAGGUUCUUGAGGAGAAUGAUGAUAAUGGGGUUGAUGGACUUGGAUGUGAAAAAGGAGUGAGAAAGCUUGUAAGCAAUUCUUGCGGCAGUGAUGGGGAAGAUGGAGUUCUACCAGUUUCACCUAUUGGCAGAGAAGAGGAGAAACCAAUUCAAGUAUGAAUCUUGAAAUGAGGGUCCGUGAUAUGUAGUCAAUUGACUGUAACUCUUGUCCGUUAAUGUGGUUGGUGAUUUUGGUCUUGGGAAUUUGAUUUUAAGCAGUUUGGCCCUUUUCACCAAUUUCUUGAUGGAAGAAAGUUUCACAUUUGGUUUAGAAUAGCAGUUGAUACAGUGCUGAAUGAGUAGGCUACAGUUUUAACCUGUUGAGACAGCAUUAGUUGGUGCACAGUGGUGAUAAUGUAAAUUCCAGCCACCGUUCCUAUGAAGAUAGGAUUUGGCUGCUAUGAGGCAGGUCUUAUGUUUUCUAUAUGAAUACAUUUCUUUGAUCGUUGGAAAGUGAUUGUUUGUCGAUGUGAUUAUUGAUCUGAAGCAAGGAUUUCUUUGAACUGGCGUGUCUCAUGCAAGUUGAGAAUGGAAAUACCUCAAAUAUUUUGUCCUUCAUUUCUUUAUUAUUCCUCAUAAAGGUAUUUUUCAAUUUGAGGACAUGAAAGUUAUUUGGUUUUCUCCUUGCCACCUAUGGCUCUGGUAUACAUCAUUAUAAGUUUUUUUGAUUUAAUGAAUUUAUCUGUUAUGUUAUA